AUGGCCACUCUAAGACACGAAUUUUACGAAACCGACGAGAAACUCACACUCUCCAUAUUUGACCGCGGCGCUGACCCGGCCCAGGUCUCUAUCCAAUUCGAGCCUAGAAAGUUCACAUACACAAACGGCGAGAAAUCCCUCGUUCUCGAGCCUCUCAAGGGCCAGAUUGACCCCGAUAAGAGCGACUUUACAGUAGGCAAGGUCAAAGUCGAAGUCCGCCUCGUCAAACGCGUCCAGGGGCGGUGGGCUACCCUAGUCGGAGACAGCCCAGAUCCUUUGGCUACGGCGCCUGUCGCGAGCUCCUCGUCUACCCCAGCUGUCGGCGUGAGGAAACCAAGAAAGAACUGGGAGGGCAUCACCACCGAGAUCCUCUCCUCCGAAAAGGAGAAGACGACAGACGAAGAUCCCAAUGUCGGAGGUGACAGCACCCUAAACUCCUUCUUCCAAAAGAUCUACGGCGAUGCCGACGAAGACACCAAACGCGCCAUGUUGAAGAGUUACCAGGAGAGUGGAGGUACGACGCUGAGCACCAAUUGGGACGAGGUCAAAAAGGCCAGAGUCGAAGUCAAACCUCCUGCGGGAUCAGAGUGGAAAAAGUGGAACUAG